AUGAAGAUGUUUCUUUUGAUGCUUUUGGUACACAAAGUAGCUACUCUGGAAUGCCCUGCAAGUGAUUCUUUCCUUGUUCCACAUGAGUGGUACCAGCCUGGAGACAUCAUCAUUGGUGGCAUGGCAUCUCACUUCAGUUACCACCUUUAUGAAAUUAAAUUCAGUGAAAAUCCUUCUAGGAAACCUUAUGACAUACCAAACCAGAAGAAUCUCAUGGCAAUCAUUGGAGGAUUGGAUUUUGACACAUCAUCUUACAUAGCUGAAAUUAUAGACUUGUUCAAGAUUCCACAAGUUCUUCCAAUUUCUCAAUGUAAUGACCCUUGUUUCCCUGGAUCCUGGAAGAAAGGGAUUGAGGGAAAUCAGUUCUGCUGCUAUGACUGUGUUCCAUGCCCUGAAGGGAAGAUUUCAGAUCAAAAUGAUAUGGAUGACUGUUUUCCAUGUUCAGAAGAUCAUUAUCCCAAUAAAGAAAAGAAAGGCUGUAUCCUGAAACUGGUGGUGUUUCUAACAUUUGAAGAGCCGUUAGGAAUUGGUUUAACCUCAGCAGCUCUUGGUUUAUUCUUCCUGACAUCUUGGGUAUGUAUUUGUAUUCUUUGGUUGUCAACAUCUCCUCCAUUCCCUGAUUUGGACAUGCACUCUGAACUCCAAGAAAUGAUUUUACAAUGCAAUGAGGGGUCAGCUUUCUUAUUCUACUGUGUCUUGGGCUACAUGGGUAUCUUGGCCAUUGCCAGCUUUAUUGUGGCUUUUCUUGCCCGUAAAUUACCUGACAGCUUUAAUGAAGCCAAGUUCAUCACCUUCAGCAUGUUGGCCUUUUGCAGUGUGUGGAUCUCUUUCUUUCCAGCCUAUCAGAGCACAAAAGGAAAAGCCAUGGUAGCUGUGGAGGUUUUCUCCAUCUUGUCCUCCAGUGCUGCGUUACUGGGAUGCAUAUUCCUCCCAAAAUGCUACAUCAUUGUUUUCCGGCCUGACCUCAACUACAGGGAGAAUCUCACAAAGAGAAAUUAGUACAUCAUGUGAUCUUUUUUUCUAGGUAAAAUUGCUGAAAAAAAGAAUAAAAAACUGUUUACAGUCUACAGGACUGUAGGAACAUAGUUUUGUUUUGUUUUUCUGUCAAGGAAGGAUUAAUGUAGGUUAUUUAAGAUUAAUUCAUCCUUAAACCCAUUCCAAAGUCAGUGCUCAGGUUGCUGCAUUUCUAUAAUUGUCCAGGAUUCUUUAACCUAAUCCAUUCUCCC